AUGACCCUCAACAACGUCACCAUGCGCCGCACCCACAACAGCCUGCAGCAGCACCAGCAGCAGCGCUGGAGCAUCCCUGCUGACGGAAAGAACCUGCUGGUCCAGAAGGACUCCAACGAGUACAACCCACAGAAGAGAUACACCAUCAGUCCUGAUGACUACUACAGGAAGAGCUGGUCCUCUGAGUCUUCUGACUCCGUCAUCUCCUCAGAGUCUGGCAGCAGUUGCUACCGGGUGGUGCUGAUCGGGGAGCAGGGCGUGGGCAAGUCCUCGCUGGCCAACAUCUUUGCAGGGGUGCACGACAGCAUCGACAGCGACUGCGAGGUGUUAGGAGAAGACACAUAUGAAAGGACCCUGAUGGUGGAUGGGGAAGGUGCAACCGUUAUACUGCUCGACAUGUGGGAUAACAAGCGUGAGGGAGAAUGGAUUCGAGACCACUGCAUGCAAGUGGGAGAUGCAUACCUGAUUGUUUACUCCAUCACAGACAGAGCAAGCUUUGAGAAGGCCUCUGAGCUCAGAAUACAACUCCGCAGGGCACGCCAGAAGGAAGACAUCCCCAUCGUUCUGGUUGGCAACAAAAGUGACCUGGUCAGGUGCCGGGAAGUUUCCGUGGCAGAGGGCCGAGCCUGCGCCGUGGUGUUCGACUGCAAGCUGAUCGAGACCUCGGCGGCCGUGCAGCACAACGUCCGCGAGCUCUUCGAGGGCAUCGUGCGGCAGCUGCGGCUGCGCAGGGACAGCAAGGAGAAGAACGAGAAGCGCCUGGCCUACCAGAAGCGGAGGGAGAGCAUCCCCAAGAAAGCCAGGAGGUUCUGGGGCAAGAUCGUGGCCAAGAACAACAAGAACAUGGCCUUCAAACUCAAGUCCAAGUCUUGUCAUGACUUAUCUGUGCUGUGA